AUGCUACAUUUUCAACGGAGAUUUCUUUCAACGUAUGUUUUUCCCCGAUAUUUUACACAUUCUGAUAUAAAAUCUUUUCAGAAAAUUCACAUCAAGUGCAGAUGUCGUGAUAUGUGGAGGCGGAAUUUCGGGAACCUCACUUGCAUAUCAUUUAGCAAAACGUGGCAAAAAAGUGUGUCUAUUCGAAAAAGACGCAGUUGGAUGUAGUGGUGCAACUGGUUUAUCAGCUGGACUCGUUUCAGCGCCGAUUUUUUGGCAAGAUGUUGGAUUGCAAACAAUUGCGCAAGAAUCUAUGAAUUUAUAUUCGGAAAUGGCGAAAAGCAGCAAAUUCAGUGAGUUUUUUGUAUCAUGUUUAUGGAAAUUAUAUUUCGAUUAAUGUGACAAAAUUCAAAGAAAUUUUAAUUUUCAUCUUUAAUUCUUUUGCAUCAUUUGUCCCAAAUUUAGAAUACCUCAAAAUUUAGUUUUUUUGUUUUUAAAUUACCAACAUUGGAAAGAUUGAAUCCCAAAAAAUCUGACCAAUUUUAUUGAUGAAAAUGUUUCAAUUUAAGGAUUCGUAAAAUGUGGUCGAACAUAUUUUGCAACUUCAAUGACAAAUGAAAUAGUUCUUCGUCGAAUGUAUAGUCGAGGAAUUGUUCAUAACGAUAGUGUUGAAUUAAUUGAUUGUCAAAGUGAAAUGCUUGCAAGAUGGCCAUUUUUACAAACCGAAGAUAUUCAAUUAGCACUUUAUUCUCCAGAAGAUGUUGCAUUAGAUCCAGUUGCUUUGUGUCAACAUUUAGCAGCCACAGCCAAAGAUUACGGUACAUAAUAUUUCAUUUUAAAAAAAUAAUUAGAUUGAACAUGUUUAGGUGCACAAAUUUAUGAAAACUCAACUGUUUCCGAAGUGAUGUUAGGUGAUGAAGGACAAGUUUAUGGAAUAGAUACAACUCAUGGUUUUGUUGAAACUUCGAAUUUUGUUGAUGCAGCUGGAAUUUGGUCUGGAAGUCAUUUAAUUAAAUCAUUACCUCAUCAACAUGUACAAACUGCAAUAUAUCCUUGUACAUAUUCUUAUAUUCAUACUUCGAAAUUACCAACUGGUGCUGUUAUUGAUUCAACUCCUAGUAAGUUUUCUAUUGAUUUUAAUUAUUGAAUAUACUUAUAAUCAAUUUUCAAUUUAGUUUUCAAUGAUUUGGAUGCAAAUAUAAUGUUAAGAACAACAUCGUUCAAAACACUUGCUGCUGGUUUUGCUGAGGAUAGUAUUCGUCCACUUGCAAGACAAACAAAUAAUUCAACAACUUGGGUUCAUCCCGAACCUGAUUGGAAUAAAUUUGAUCCAAAUCUUGAUAAAUUAAUUCAUCGAUGUCCAAUGUUGGGAAAUGUGAAUCAUGGUGAUUUGAUUUGUGGAAUGGAAGCAUAUACACCUGAUAAAUUACCAACAAUUGGUGAAAGUAGUCAAGCUCGAGGUUAUUAUAUGAUGUGUGGAAUGAAUGGACAAGGAUUAUCAUUAGCUGGUGGAUUGGGUAAAUUAUUAUCGGAAAUCAUUUGUGAUGGAGUUGCCAAAACUGCUGAUGUUACACGUGUUGAUGUUGGAAGAUUUGUUGAUUUGCAUGCAAAUUCACAAUAUUUGAUUGAACGAACACCUGAAGUUGCUGCUAUGACAUACAGUAAUCUAUAUCAUUCCCAUCAAUGUCAUACGGCAAGAAAUUUGAGAAUGGCACCAAUAUAUCAUCAAUUAAAAGAUGCUGGAGCAGUUUUUGGAGAAAUUAUGGGGUGAGGUUUUUUGGAAAAAAAUCAAGUUGAUUGAGAUAUUUUAUUACGAGAAUUUGACUCGGAUUUUUGGACCAAGUUCAAAAUUUGCAAAAAAAAAUUGGCCGUUUUUUAAUCCAGAUAAAAUGUUAUUCCAGGUAUAUUUCCGAAAAAAAAUGUUGAUCUGAUAAUAUUCCCAAAUUUUAAAAUUCUAUAUCUAUAAAAUUCUAACAUUUUAUUUUUGAGAUAUGAAAGACCAUUAUGGUUUGCGAAAUCAGCUCAAAGUCACAAAAAUGCAUUAAUGCGUGGACAAGAUACUCUAAUUGGUAAACCUGAAUGGUUUGAUCGCGUUGCUUCAGAAUAUGAAGCUUGUCGUGAAAGAGUCGGAUUGAUUGAUAUGUCUUCAUUUGCAAAAUAUGAUAUAACUGGUCCAGAUGCUUUGAAAUUCUUGCAAUAUCUUUGUUCUGCAAAUGUUGAUGAACCAAUUGGAACAACUGUUUAUACUGGAAUGCAACAUCAACAAGGCGGUUAUGUCACAGAUUGUACAUUAAGUCGAUUAGGAGAUAAUAAAUUCUUUAUGGUUGCACCAACAAUUCAACAAGAAAGAUGUUUAGUUUGGAUGAAAAAAUGGGCUGAAAAAUUAGGAUCAAAAGUUCAUGUGCAAGAUGUUACUGGAGCGUAUACAGCACUUGAUUUGAUUGGACCAUCUUCGAGAUAUUUAAUGCAAGAUGUGACUGGAUUAUCAAUGACAAGCAAUGAAUUUCCAACAUUUAGAUGUCAAGAAAUAAAUAUUGGAAUGGCAACUGGAAUACGAGCAAUUAGUGUAACUCAUUGUGGUGAACUUGGAUGGGUUAUUUAUAUUCCAAAUGAAAUGGCACAAAAUGUUUAUGAUAAAGUAAUAUCAGCCGGACAAGAAUAUAGUUUACAACAUGCUGGAUAUUAUACGUUGAGACAAUUAAGAAUUGAAAAGUUCUAUGUUUAUUGGGGGCAAGAUAUUAAUGCAACUGUUACACCUGUUGAAUGUGGAAGAUUAUUCAGAGUUGAUUUCAAGGUAAUUUUUCAGAUAUAUUUUUUAAUAUAAAGUCGCAGGAAACAGCUAGAAAAAAAGUCAACAUUUUCAAAUAAUUUUUCACAACUACAACUAAAACAAUUGUCAUAGAAAGAGCUUCUAAAUCUUCAAUUUUUCAGAAAGAUUUUAUUGGAAAAGCUGCACUGGAAGAACAAUUGGAAAGAGGAGUUUCGAAACGAUUUGUUCAAUUAUUAAUCGAUAAUCACGAUAAAGAAACAGAUCCAUGGCCACAAGGAGGUGAAACUCUUUAUCGAGAUGGAAGACCGUGUGGUUUGACAACAUCUGCUGCGUAUGGAUUUACUCUUGGAUGUCAAGUAAGAUUUUCCCAAUAUUUUGAAAACUCAGAAUAAAUUUCGAUAUUUAUCUUAGGUUUGUAUCGCUGUAAUCGAAAAUAAGGAAUUUGGAGUUUCUGCAGAGUUUAUAAAUCGUGGAUCUUAUGAAUUGGAUAUUGCUGGAAAACGAUUCGCUGUUCGAGUCAAUUUGCAUUCUCCAACUUUGCCGAUGAUUUCAUCAGAACAUCCUUUGCAUUAUAGACCAACACAAUAG